AUGAAGUUCUCCUUGGGAGCCGUCGUGGCGUUUUGUGCUGCCGCCCAGGCGCACUGCAUCUUCCAGCAAAUGUCGGUCAACGGCAAGUCGGCCGGCCUGCUCAAGGGCCUCCGCGCGCCCAACAACAACAACCCGGUGCAGGACGUCAACAGCAACAACAUGGUCUGCGGGCAGCCCGGCUCGACCUCGCAGGACGUCAUCGACGUGGCGCCGGGGGACAAGAUCGGCGCGCUCUGGCAGCACGUCAUCGGCGGCGCGCAGUUCCAGGGCGACCGCGACAACCCGAUCGCGCACUCGCACAAGGGCCCCGUCAUGGCCUACCUGGCCAAGGUCGACAACGCCGCCUCGGCGGCCCAGCAGGGGCUCAAGUGGUUCAAGAUCGCCGACGACGGCUUCGACACGGGCAGCAAGACGUGGGGGGUCGACCGCAUGAUCCAGAACCAAGGGUGGUCCUACUUUACCAUGCCCGCGUGCAUCGCGCCGGGCCAGUACCUCCUGCGCGUCGAGAUCCUGGCGCUGCACUCGGCCAAGAACCAGGGCCAGGCGCAGUUCUACCAGUCGUGCGCCCAGGUCCGCGUGUCCGGCAGCGGCAGCUUCGCGCCGUCGCAGACGGUCAGCUUCCCCGGGGCGUACCGCGCCAACGACCCGGGCAUCCUGAUCAACAUCUACGGCCCCAUGGGCCAGCCCGACAACGGCGGCAAGCAGUACAAGUCGCCGGGUCCCGACGUGAUCCAGUGCUAG